ACGUCGCCAUGGGAGCAGCAGACGGACAGCAGCUGGAGCCAUUGGCAGCAGUUGGCGGCUCUAGACGGCGUCGCGGGCGUGGCGGGGUUUAUCAGGACACAGACGGGGUCUGGGGGUAGGGGCAACGUGGAGUUCGACCAAUGGGAGAGGCUCAAGCUACAGAGCAACUGAGGAAUGGCAGCGGCCUUGACCAAUGGGAGGCUGCAGUGGCCGCAGCAGGGCGGCCUGGUGGAGCAGACUGGGGGUGCGGAGACCUGACGAGAGCUGGAGGAGGCAGUGGGAGAUGAGGACACCGAGGGGCUGCCGGCCUGCACAGCUUCCGGAGGUCGUGGAGCAGGCACACACCCAGGCACCGCCCCUGCCCCUGCUCUGUGCUCUCCACUCCUGGCGGGGGGCAGCAUGGUCCGUGGGGCACCAUGGGGCCCGACAGAGUGACAGCCCGAGAACUGUGUGAGAACGAUGACCUGGCCACCAGCCUCGUACUGGACCCCUACCUCGGCUUCCGCACCCAUAAGAUGAAUAUCAGCCCCGUGCCCCCCCUGCGGCGACAGCACCACCUGCGCUCAGCGCUGGAGGCCUUCCUGAGGCAGCGGGACCUGGAGGCUGCAUACCGGGCCCUGACGCUGGGAGGCUGGAUGGCCCACUACUUCCAGAGCCGGGGCCCGCGGCAGGAGGCUGCCCUCAAGACCCACAUCUAUUGCUACCUCCGCGCCUUCCUGCCUGAAAGCGGCUUUACCAUCUUGCCCUGUACCCGCUACUCCAUGGAGACAAAUGGAGCCAAGAUUGUGUCUACCCGAGCUUGGAAGAAGAAUGAGAAGCUGGAGCUGCUGGUGGGGUGCAUAGCGGAGCUGCGGGAGGCGGACGAGGGGCUGCUGAGGGCAGGCGAGAACGACUUCAGCAUCAUGUACUCCACCCGCAAGCGCAGCGCACAGCUGUGGCUCGGCCCUGCUGCCUUCAUCAACCACGACUGCAAACCCAACUGCAAGUUUGUGCCUGCAGAUGGGAAUGCUGCAUGCGUGAAGGCGCUCCGGGACAUCGAGCCAGGGGAUGAGGUGACCUGCUUCUACGGCGAUGGCUUCUUUGGUGAAAAGAACGAGCACUGUGAAUGCUACACCUGCGAGAGGAGAGGUGAAGGCGCCUUCCGUUUGCGGCCUCGGGUGCCCAUGCCACCCCGACCCCUGGACAAGUACGAGCUCCGCGAGACCAAGCAGAGGCUGCUGCAGGGUCUGGAUGGCGCCCGGCGGGAUCGGCUGCACCCUCGCUCCUGCACCCACCUGGCCCUGCUGGGCCGGGACCACUUCUGCGCCGCCUACCAGCCCCUGUGUGCCCUGCCCUGCGGCACCCGCCCUGACACCUCACCGCUCUGGCUCCAGUGGCUGCCCCAGCCCCAGCCCCAGCUCCGUGUCCGUCCCCGAAGGCGCCGACGCCCCCAGCCGCGACGGCCCCUGGCGCCCCCCAUUUUUCGUGCUGCCCGCAUCUCCCUGCACCGGUGGGGAGGCUGUGGCCCCCGCUGCUGCCUACGAGCAGAGGCCCUGGUGGCCCUGGGUCAGGUCCACAGUGCCCACUGGGCCCCUCAGCAAGACUGGCACUGGGCCCGGCGCUACGGGCUGCCUUUCGUGGUGCGUGUGGACCUGAGCCGUGUGGUCCCGCCCCCGCCUGGCGUUCCCUCCCACACCGGGCCUCCGGGCCCCGUCCCUAUCCCCAAGCAGGCCCUGGCCUUCGCCCCCUUCUCCCCACCCAAGCGCCUGCGGCUAGUGGUCAGCCAUGGCUCCAUCGACUUGGAUGUCAAUGGUGAGGGACCAUGAUGGGCUGGGCAGGGAGGCCCCGGCCAGGGACGGAAGGACCCCUUCUAGGCCCGCAGCCUCCAGUUCUCCGGGACUCACCGACCUCCAGAGGGGGCUCUUGGACCUCCAGGAAGGAGCUGACCCUCAGCCCUAGCAGAGCUCUGACCCGGGAGUGGGGUUGGUGCAGACACCCCCAGGGGUCUGACCCCUGACCCUUUGUGACUGCUGACCCCUGAGCCACCUCCACCCCAGCAGGGAGCCCUGGCCACUGCUGCCCCCCAGCCCCAGCCUCAGGACUGAAGGAGCCGGUCCCUUCCCCACCUACCUUCUGCCCAGGGAGCAAAGCCAUAAGGGGUGAGGCCACCCUGUGGCAUCUCCCCGGAAGUCCAGGUCUCGGGAGGGAGGGGAAGUGACUUUUGGUGGGGGAGUGCCCUCAGGAGGGGCGUGCUUGCUCCCCGCUCUGUGACUGACUCGGUGGGGGCAAGGUGGGGCAUGUCGGCAGGCAGGCCCUCCAGCCCCGUGGGUCUCAGGGAGGCCGGUGCGACCUCAUCUUCCUCAUGGUGCUAUCCCUGGUGCUAUUGGGGUGUGGGGGCUCCCUCCCCCACACCAGAACGGGGUAUGUUGGAGGAUUGGAAGCACUUGAACUUUCUAUUUUAUUAAAACCUUGUUAUACACAG